CAGAGCGCAGAGCGCGAAAGGCGAGCGGCGACUCCCUGGCGUUGACCAGAGCCCCACCCCACUCGCCGUCUCGCCCUAAACCAAAUCCUCCCCAAAGGCAAAUACGAAGGUACAGUGCCCCAGCCCCGCGCCCCCUAGACCAAAGCAGACCAGAAUCCGCCCUACCAAUCGCCUCCCCAGAUCGGCGGUCCACCCGGAGGCGGCGAUGGCGUCGUCGCAGGCGAACCUCGACAAGAUGCAGCUCCGCCAGAGCUACCGCAACGUCUGGCACACCGACAUGACGAACGCCAUCCAGGCCGACUUCCCCUACUGCUGCCUCGCGCUGUGGUGUGGACCUUGCGUGUCGUACAUGCUUCGCAAAAGGGCUCUCUACAAUGACAUGUCAAGAUAUGUCUGUUGCGCUGGCUACAUGCCAUGCAGUGGAAAGUGUGGCGAGAGCCGGUGCCCAGAGUUCUGUCUUGCAACUGAGGUGUUCCUUUGCUUUGGCAAUUCAGUUGCAUCAACCCGCUUCUUGCUGCAAGAUGAAUUUAACAUACAGACCACUCAGUGUGACAACUGCAUCAUUGGCUUCAUGUUAUGCCUUCAACAAGUUGCUUGCAUCUUCUCUAUAGUUGCAGCUAUUGUUGGUAGCGAGGAGCUUUCAGAGGCUUCCCAGAUCCUUAAUUGUCUGUCUGAUUUGGUCUACUGGACGGUUUGUGCAUGUAUGCAGACGCAGCACAAAGUCGAAAUGGACAAGAGGGAUGGAAAGUUCAGCCCACAGCCUAUGGCAGUGCCCCCGGUGCAACAAAUGUCACGCAUCGAUCAGCCUAUGCCGCCUCCUGCUGGAUAUGCACCGCAACCAGCAUAUGGGCAGCCUUAUGGUGGCUAUCCAUCUCCUCCUGGCCAAGGUUAUCCGCCUCCUCCUGGCCAAGGUUAUCCGCCAGCUGGAUACUCGCAGGGCGGUGCAUACCCUCCACCCGCUCAAGGUUACCCACAUGGUGGUGGAUAUCCUCCACCUGGUCAAGGUUACCCCCAGGGUCAGGGUGGUGCAUAUCCUCCGCCUGGUUCUUACCCUCCACAAGGUUCCUACCCCCCAGCAGAGGGCUCCUACCCAGCACAAGGUUCCUACCACCCAGCACAGGGCUCCUACCCAGCACAAGGUUCCUAUUCCCCAGCACAGGGCUCCUACCCAGCACAAGGUUCAUAUCCCCCACCCCCAGCACAAGGUUCAUAUCCCCCAGCACAGGGCUCGUACCCAGCACAAGGUUCCUACCCCCCACAGGCUUACCCUGGCAAGUAAAGAUGACACGACAGGUGAACCAAAUAUCGUGAACAUGUAAACAGUAGGACCGCUUUAGCGCUAUAGGUUAUUUUGAUAAAAUUCUUGUUACUGUUCAGGGUGGCAUUCGGUGAACAAUAUUUCUAUUUUAUACGGUCAACAUCUUGUGUUGAUCAUGUCGUGUUGAGUCUAUCCUCUUUUUUCUUUUCCUGAAUAAGGAAUGGCAUUCAACUGGAAUGUAUUUGAAUUUGGUGACAACUCACGUGGAUAUUGUUUUGGUUCAGAGUUGUCACUUUGCUGUGUAUGAUAGUCGCAACUUUUGAUGACGUUU